UAACGUACUCUACUUCGACACUUUCCCGUCAAUGCUCCCCUUCCUUCGAGGUCUCCGCCGCCAUCCGAAUCCCCUUCUCUUCGAUCGCACCCCCCUCCACCACCUGUUCCCCACCUCUCUAGCCCUCAUGUCGUCGAUCACUUCCUCAGACAACGCGAUCUCUCCCUCCACCACUCGCAUCGGGUGGAUUGGCACCGGCGUCAUGGGUCGCUCCAUGGCCUCCCACCUUCUCGCCGCCGGUUAUUCCCUCACCGUCUUCAACCGAACCCCUUCUAAGGCCCAAACCCUACUCGAUCAAGGUGCUCGCCUCGCCGAUUCUCCCCACGCCGUCGCCAGCUCAUCGGACGUCGUCUUCCUCAUCGUCGGCUACCCCUCCGACGUCCGCCGCGUCGCCCUCGAUCCCGAAUCCGGGGUCCUUUCCGGCUUAUCCUCCGGCUCCUUCCUUGUAGACAUGACCACCUCCGAUCCAACCCUCGCCGCUGAAAUCCACGAAAUCGCCCGCGCGGCCUCCUGCUUUUCCGUCGACGCUCCCGUCUCCGGUGGCGACAGAGGUGCUCGUAAUGGCACUCUAUCCAUUUUCGCCGGAGGGGAAGAGGCCGCCGUGCGCCGAUUAACCCCUCUCUUCCAGUGCUUGGGAACCGUGAGAUACAUGGGAGGUCCUGGGUCUGGACAGAGGGCGAAGCUCGGGAACCAGAUCGCGAUCGCAUCGACGAUGUUAGGGCUCGUGGAGGGGAUGAUGUUUGCUCACAAGGCUGGGCUCGACGUGGGGAAAUGGUUGGAGGCGAUCUCGACAGGUGCGGCGGGAUCGAAAUCUUUGGAAUUCUACGGGAAAAGGAUUCUUGAUAGGGAUAUGGAGGCGGGGUUCUAUGUUCAUCACUUUGUUAAGGAUCUCGGAAUCUGUUUGAAGGAAUGCCAGACCAUGGGGCUGGCUCUGCCUGGACUUGCGUUGGCGCAGCAGCUCUAUGUUUCGUUGGUGGCGCACGGAGAUGGGGGUUUAGGCACGCAGGCGUUGAUUCUGGCCAUUGAGCGACUGAACAAUACUUGUCUGAAGAAGAUUUCGGAGCCCAAGUGAUCGAUUUCGGAGAACUACUAAGUGCGGACAACAUAGGUGCGGAUUGUACGGCAUGUCGAUAAUGCGAAUACCAUCAAAUACCACGAAUCUACAUGUGCUGAAAUAUACACCGAAUAAAUCCUAUUCCUUGUGCUUGGCCUCUUUAGGAGGAGGAAAAAAUAUUACAUCAGUACUACACACGUAAUAGUAAUGUGCAUAGUCAAUGAAAUCACGCCACAACUUCCCGCGCGACAGGAAAAAAAAAACGGCGCAGUAACACAGAAAAUAUUCCUCCGUGUUAUUCAUGUGUUAUUGCG